AUAUGUGGACGUCGUUAAUGUGUGCCACCAAAUGAUUGAAUAUAUGUUAUGUUUUCCGCUUCCGUUUUCACACAAUUUGUUGUGCUUUGCAUUCAUUGAUUGAUUAAUUCAAUUGACUUAUAGUGUGUUCACUGCUUCUCCAAAACACUUGAAUAGAGCUGAUUUAGUCAUUUUAGUCGAGACUCGUUUGAGUGAAGAAUAAUCGUAAGACAAUGUCUGGUGAUAAAGGAGUCAUUGCCAAUCCAAACGCUGAUCCCGAAGGAGGAGAACUCGACCCGAAGCAAGUAAACGCAUUGACCGCACAAGUCAUGAAUAAUCCCGAAGUGUUGGCAGCAAUGCAGUCAAAGUUGGCCGGAAUGAUAGGCAUGUCGUCCGGAUAUUACGAUUCACUGCCAAAUAUUGUUAAAAGACGAGUAAAGGCACUCAAGAACGUACAGAUAGAGAAGAUCAAGAUUGAGGGCGACUUUUACAAAGAGUUACACGAAUUAGAAGUCAGAUAUGCGGCCAAAUAUGUACCACUUUUUGAGAAACGAACACAAAUUGUGAACGGAAGCUAUGAACCUAACGAUGAAGAGGCCAACUAUCCAUCUGAUGAAGAGGAGGAGGAAGAAGAGAACGAGUUGAGCGAUGGCGUCAAAGAGAAAGUGAAAGUUGAGGACAAACCAGAAGAUAAAAACAUUAAGGGUAUUCCCGAGUUUUGGUUGACUAUAUUGAAGAAUGUGGACACAUUUGCCGAGAAUAUUCAAGAGCACGACGAAGACAUACUUAAGCAUUUGAUUGACAUUAGAGUUACACUUAUCAAAGAGCCGGCGGGCUUCAAACUUGACUUUGUCUUCAGUCCUAAUGAUUACUUCACGAAUGAGAUUCUCACCAAAGAAUACGAAUUGAGAUGUACUCCAGAUUUUGAGGAUCCGUGGAGUUAUGACGGUAUAGCUAUUGUCAAGUGUAAAGGUUGUCAAAUCAAUUGGAAUAAAGGCAAGAAUGUGACUGAAAAGACUGUGACAAAGAAGCAAAAGCAUAAAUCUAAGGGACAGAUCAGGACUGUCUCAAAAACCGUCAAAAAUGACUCGUUUUUCAAUUUCUUUGAUCCACCAGAAGUUCCCGAAAAGCUUGAAGACUUAGAAGACGAAACACAUGCCUUACUUCAGGCCGAUUGGGAAAUGGGAGAACUGCUUCGUCAAAAUAUAGUUCCGCGCGCUGUUCUGUUUUUUACUGGUGAAGCUCUCGAUGAUUAUGACGAGGAUUACGAUGAAGAUGAAGAGUCAGAGGAAGACGAGGAGGAGGAUUCCGACGAAGAUGAAGACUUCUCGCCAUUGAAAGGCAACAAAAAAGGAGCCAAGUAGUGAGACAUAAGUUUGGGAACAGACCUACAGUGAGAAAGAAACUGCUAAUUAAAAACUUAUUUCCAAUAAUUAUCUUAAAUUUGAAGCUUUUGAUGAAGAAAACGGCCAUUUAGUAAAUUAUGACAUUUUUUAUAUUAAACGUUACAAAAAAUACUUUUUCAUACAAAAUUUUUAUUGAAUUUAUAUUUCUCAAAAUAAUGUUUUAUGAUAAUUAAAAUAUUACAUAUUUAUUGCUCAGUUAUAAUUGAAAUAUCAAAUUUGAUUACAGUAAUUGUCUUUUAUAGAUGAUUAUGUAAAAAUAUGCACAAUAAAAUUUAUUGUACCGUAGAUGUAUAUUUUAAAUAGUUUAAUUUGCAAAUGUAUUUUUUUAAUUAAAUUAUUAUUUAUCAAUUAAAAUUAAUUACUCAUUUAUGUUAAAUAAUUUCAAAUAAUGUAAUCGAGAUCAAGACUAACACAGCUGUAUAAAGUGGUCCAAAGAUUUACUCAUUUAAAUGUUUUUGAUUAUCAAUAAAAUAUUUAUUUUAUUUGUUGUCGAUAUAUGCAAUAAAAACAUUAA